CGUUCACAUUGUUAAACGUCGUUUCUUGGGAUUAAUUUUUUUUUAAAUCUGAAAAUUUGAGAAUUUCUAGGCCUAGUGGUCGGUUUAUAAUCGUAUUCGUGUUAUUGAUAUUAUAUUGACAGUCGUUUAAAAACAUUUUAAUUACAAUUUAUUGUAAUAUUAGUAGUGAUAUGCAUCGUGUUUUCGUGCUGUAACUAAAGAGAAAAACUUGUAAAAAGUAUUCUUUGUUUGAUGUUCUAAUUUUAAAAAAACAAAAGUAAGAAAUAAUAUUCCCGUGCUUGCUUUCUCGCCCAUAGAAAUAUAAGUAUUGAACUUUUAACUUUCGUCGACUGUUUGCUUCGUAUUUGUCGGCGUACUUUUAAAUCAUUGCCGUUUAACCUUGCUUUCUAACAUCUCGAUGCCAAUCAUCGAAUAAUCGUACGUUUAUUGCAAACUCGGUGUAUCGAGACUACACUUUUGCACCCAAAUUGUAAUAUUCGGAAAAAGCAACAUCCUCCUCGUAUAAAUCACGCACACGUAUGACAAUUUUGGCGUAAAAAUUCGAACCAAGUAGCACCUAUAGAUGUCCGCAAUGCUGUUUGAAAUGUAGGAAAAAUCCACGUCUUGAGAUUCAACUAAUAGGCAUGGGAGGUUCAUUAGAUAAACCGAAAACUGAUAAACACAACGAGCACGGAUGCGGUAACGGACUUAAAUAUGGCGUUGCCAGCAUGCAAGGAUGGCGAGUCGAAAUGGAAGAUGCUCAUUGCGCUAUCACGGGCUUGAGCGACGAAUUAAAAGACUGGUCUUUUUUCGCUGUCUUCGAUGGACACGCCGGUGCCAAGGUUUCCGCUCAUUGCGCCGAACAUCUAAUGGAGUGUAUUGUAAAUUCCGAAGAAUUUCGUAGAUCUGAUUUCACCAAAGGAAUCAGAUCGGGAUUCUUGCAUUUGGACGACAGCAUGCGUACAUUACCGGAAUUAGCUAGCGGUGAAGAUAAAUCGGGAUCAACGGCCGUUUGCGCUUUGGUGUCGCCUCAGCAAAUAUUCGUAGCUAAUUGUGGCGACAGCAGAGCUGUGAUUUGUAAUUCAGGUGUACCAACUUUCAGCACUCAGGAUCAUAAGCCGGUAUUACCUGGUGAAAAAGAACGGAUUCAACGUGCCGGAGGAAGUGUUAUGAUUCAACGAAUUAAUGGCUCGUUAGCGGUUUCAAGAGCUUUAGGCGAUUACGAAUAUAAAAAUGUUGAAGGACGAGGUCCCUGCGAGCAGUUAGUGUCACCAGAACCAGAAAUAUUCGUAAGAGACAGAGACGAUAAGGAUGAAUUCUUGGUGUUAGCGUGUGAUGGUGUUUGGGAUGUCAUGUCCAACGAAGAUAUUUGCAAUUUCAUCAGAUCUCGUCUUCUUAUAACAGAUGAUCUCGAAGCCAUUACCAAUCAAGUAGUUGAUACUUGUCUUUAUAAGGAUAGUCGUGAUAAUAUGAGUAUUGUACUAGUCACUUUCCCUGGAGCACCUACUCCAUCUCCAGAAGCUAUUCAAAAAGAGAAACAUCUCGAAGAAGUUAUUGAAAGACGAGUCAGAAGUAUAAUUAGUGAAAACGAUCAUGUCAGCUUUGGAAAAGUAUUGCAUAUGCUGGAAGAAGAGGAUUUACCCGAUUUGCCUCCUGGUGGUGGUAUUAGUGCCAAGCGAAGUUUCAUUGAAAGCAUAUUCGUUAAACUAUGUCCAGAUCAAGCCAAUACGCUUAGUGAUAACGAAACGUAAUUUAAUGGGAAAUGACGAAAAUAUGAAAAAAUGAAUCAAUACCGUUUAAUUAAUUAUUAAGUUUAACGAAACAAAAAUUUCCUAUUUCCUAUACCAAUUUUAAUAAUCAAACUAGUUUUGUAAAUAUUUAUUAUUUUUUUUUUUCGUUUGUAACAUACUGGAAGAGUUUCUAAAAUUUCCAUUGAAACAACUUCGAGUUCAUAUCAAGUUUUAACAUUUUAGUUAUUUAAAUUAUAAAUAUAAUAUUAAUUUAGUUUUGUUAUUAGCCUUUGUUUAAUUCCACAGUUUUUUUUUGCCAGUAAUGGAUGAUUUUUUUUUUCUUUCAAAUAAGUGUUAUAGAUUUUAAGAGUUACGAAAUUGUGUACAAAAAAAAACAAAAGAAAGAAACUAAGCUCUUAAACUAACGAUGUGUGCGUUUUUUUUUUUGGAGGGGAAAUAAUGAUGAUCAUCAAGAACAUGACUUGUCAUUUUUAGUUAUUACUUUUUCCCUGUCUGUCUUUACAUAUUUUCGAGCUUAGCUAAUUUUUAUUAUUAUCGUAAAAUCUUGUUCUUGUUAGUUAGAUUCGUAAGGUACUCGGUAAUCUGAAAUUAAUUGUGUAUGUUUAUGUUUUCCCCAAUUUUUCCUUCUCUUUUUUUUCUUUUUUCUUCUUCUAAGUUAUGUCGGAUACUUAAAGUAUUUUUAUUUUCAAACAAGUAUAGAAUGUAUAUUUUAAAUACUUGUUAUUACGUUUAUUUUUUAACUUUACGACUUUACCUAAAUUUUGUACAAUCGGUUAAAAAAUAUAAUUUUAACAGUUUUUUCAAACAGAUGUGAAGAAAGCGAUUAAUAGUGAUAGCAAUAUUUAUGAUAUUUUUUUUCUCCAUGGUAAUUUUAAUUUUUCUUUAUUAAAAUGAAUAAAAAAGGUACUAAGUUGA